GAGAUUACUGAUUAUAUAUUCUUAACCCAUGAGGCCACAAACCUAUUAAACUUAAUCAACACAACUGUAGCAAAUUGCAGUUAGCAAACGAAUUACGAAGGUUAUCUUUCAACUAUUGCCGUGGUGGCAAAUUGUUCACAUCUCACGUGUUAUAACGUACAAUUUCUUUUACUAUUUAGUGUUCUGUCACUGCUCACCUACGUCACUUGCUCACUUGGAUUCCCAAACUUGACAAUUUGAAAAACAUGCCACCCAAAAAAUCGAAAAAAUUGAAUAAAAAACAAGAUUGGAGUGAUGACGAUGAUGUAGCAGGUAAGUUUGCGGUUUUUUCGAGACAUAUCGACUUUAUAACAUUUUAAUUAAUAUUAUUCAUAUCGCUUGAAUGAUAACAACAAAAUAUAUUAUACCUCAAUCAUUGUAAUAUUUAUAGGUUUUCUCAUAAAAAAAAUCCGCCAACAUUUUCAAUUUGUAUUUUCUGCGUGCUCUUUUAUAACUAAAUAAUAUUUACAUUGAAUAGUUUUAAUCAUCAUUUAGAAAAGUUACCUUUUUAGGCUUUGGUAAAAUUGAGGAUAAAAAGGUAAACCACUAAAUAAAAAUAGGUGUACAAAUGUUUGGUAAUCGUGGAAAUCUUUAAUAAUUUUGCUGGAAAUAUAUAGGAAAUCUUUGUUAUCACUGGAAAAGUCAAAGUAUUCCGAAAUUUGAUGUACAAAAUAUUAAUCAGUGAUUUACCCUAAUAAAUAAAUACAUUUUUUGUUGAAACGUUCAUAAAACAAAUGUUUUUUCUAUUUUUAUUCUAUCAAAUGUUCUAUUCACAAAUAAUGUGAACAGAACCUUUUAUUACUUAACAGUUAUUAAAAAUAAAAUACCGACCUAUUAAAAGCUACAUUAUAAAUAGUAAAAAUGUAUUACCUAUUUCAUUGUCCAAUAGGUUUCUAACAUGUUGAAGUAUGGCUUUUUGGUUUGAGAAAAAUAUAUUAAAAAAUGUCACAUAGAAUUUUUCUUUGUAUACCAUAUAAAAACUUCCAUCGAUCAGAUUUUCCUACUUUCACCAACAUUGAAGAGUUUUUUUUUUUUAUUUUGUUAGGAAUUUAUAAAUUUGAUUGCCAUUUUAAUAAGGCUGGGAUUUAUGUGUAAAUAUAUAUUUUUACUAAAACAUGAUAGAUUAAUUAUGGCAAAUGAUAAAUUAGUUUCAUGUUAUUUACAAUAAAAUAAGACAUAUUUUAUGUUACAUAUGGUGUACAUAUUUUUACAUAUUUCAUAAAUUUCAUUUAUAAUAAUAAAAAAAUUUAAAUAAUUUUUAACAGUUUACAUAACCGAAAUUGAUGGGUUUAGCAGUAUUAUUCUUUGAUAAUAGUUGGCAGUUGGCACUCAUUAAAAUUUUGAAUAUAUUAGGUAUAUUAUUUAACAAAUUUAUAUUAUUGACUUUAGAUUUUCUUAUCUGUUUUUGUUGGAUAAUCAUACCAGAGAAUAUAUUCAUAUUAUUAUGUUUAACAACUAUUUGACAUAACAAUGUAUUGAUGUAGGUAUUACAAAUUUACAACACUGUCAGAACUUGCAUACUUCAUAGUGGUAAUGUGGAAUGUCCAUUUAAUGGAUUCAAUGUUAAAACUAAAUUUUCAUAGUUUUAAUUUUGAAAAUUUAAAACACUAUAUGAUCUGCUAUUGUUUUAACUUGAAAUGAUUAAAAAUUAAAAACAAUAAAUUAUUGUAUUUUGUGAAAAUUUAAAAAGUUAUUACAUAUCUUAAAUUUUUGAAUACAUAUUUUGGCGAUUUUAAUUACAUGUAUAUGUACAUAUCUUAGAUUCUGAGUGGAACGAAGAAAAAAACAAAAUAUAAUAUUACAAUUUUUUUUUUUCUGUGAACAACUCUACCAAAAUUUUUGUUCGAACUUUUAAUGAUAGCAAUGUUUCUGAAAGAAAAUUUCACUGAAGGGGAGGGGUACUUCUGAAAAGUCAUUUUUCCAUUUUCCAUUGAGUUUUCUCAGAAAAUGUAAAAAACUGGGAAAAUCGGUACAACAUUAAACAAAUAUUAUUUAAAAAAAUAUAUAGAGCCUAUUUAAUAACUUUACUAUAAUAUGGUAUAUAUAUUGUUUAUAAAGCUUAACUAUCAACUGAACCCUACUCUUAAUCGGUUUUUGUAAGCAAUGGUUUAUAUUGUAUGCAUUAAAUUCCCUAUAACAGUGGCUGCACCUGUCCCUAUUAUCCUAGGAUAUUUUAGGAUUUUUUUGGUUUUAUAUUACAUUUAAAUCUCAGCCCUAGUUAUUAAUAUUAUAUAUAAUAUAUACACAUUUCAUAUAAUUUUGACAAUGCAAUCAUUGGUCUACCAAAUAAUAGAACUAUAUCAAAAAUAGUUGGACUUACCUACCUAAUGUUGUAUAGUAUAAUUCACUCCUCACAUUUAUAAUCGUACAUAUAUAUUUGAUAAAACUCAAAAAUUGUAUUUUCACAAAUAAUAAUAGGUACAAAUAUAUAAUUUCAUGAUAAAAUAUAAAAAUAUGCAGGAGUGCGUAUAGGUCUGUGGAAAUCAGUAGGAAAAUAAGAAAAUUGAGUAUCUGACUGAUGGAGGUUUUUCUAAAUUGUAAAAAGCUAUGUGAUAUUUAUCAAUAAUUUGACAUUUUUUUUCUAAGACCCAAAAGUAUGGCUCUACCUUCAAACAUGUUAAUUUAUAUAACAUUAUUUAAUUGUUAUUAGUUAUUAUGUUUUGUUAUUACUACAAUAAUAAAUUGAGCAUUGUACCUAAUACUAAAUAUAAUUAUAAAGUAAGGAACAUAAAGUUAUUUAAAUUAUACCUGUAACAAUAAUAAACCAUUGCUAACAAAAAAUGAUUCUAAGUGAAAUUUAGUUACACAUAUUUUGAAAUGGCGUUAAUUUUAACGAUUUUCAUCUAAAUUUCAUAAAAAAAAAAAAAAAAAACACUUGUGUUAAAAAAGCUCAAAAUGUUUUGAAAUUUUACCACACUUAGAAAUGGCUAAUAUAAGUAUUCUGUGAACAUUUCAGCUCUCUAUGAUAACUUAAUCAAUUUCAACAAAUAUCAACACAUAACUUUCUUUGUCACCAAUUAAAUCUAAAAUUCAAAGCCAUCUCUAUUUGCAUUUAUGAAUAUAAUAUUAAAUUCUACAUUUUGUCUAUUAAGUAUAAAAGUAAUUAUCAAGUUUUAAAUUUUAUUUUUGCAUAAUGUAUUUUAGUCUUAUAUCGAGGUUAAUUAAGAUAUAUGUAAAAAUUAAUUUCCGUCUAUAUUAUACGAUCUAAUUAUCGUCUAUAAAUUAUUUAUAUUUUUUUUAUUUAUGAAUUUAGUGGAUUUAUUAGCUAAUGGUAAAGCCAAUGAAAAUAUUGAACAUUCUCAGCCUACCCGUGGAAAUAAAAUAUCUAAAAAAAACAAAAAAAAGACCAAAAAUCAAGAUUGUAAUGAUGAAUCAGAAGGUAUAAUUUUUGUCAAUUAAUAUUUAAUGUAUUCUUUUUAAUUACUACCUAAAAAUCUGAAGAUUAUACUGAUAAAAAAUUCUAUAUUAAUUUCACCCUUCUGUAAUAUUAAAAUGUAUUAUUAAGUCUCAUAAAAAUUAGGUAUAAGUACUUAACAGAAAAAAAAAUAGUAAUUUUAAUUUUAAUUUACUUUUGUUCAUCAAAAGAUAUUAAGCCACUAAAUGUAUUAUUUAAUUAAAGAUGUGGUGGAUAUAUUAGCCAUUGAAAAAUCUAAUGACAGUGAUCCAGCAAAUAAAGAAAUUCCUCCUAACCGUGGAAAUAAAAUUUCUAAAAAAAAUAAAAAAAAAAACAAAAAUCAAGAUUGGGAAGAUGAAUCAGAAGGUAUAAUAUUUAUUUGAUAAUUUAUUAAUAUUAAUUAAUUGUAUAAUGCUACUGAUUUAGCUUAGAUUUUUUGUACAAAAUACCUGUGGCUUAGAUGAGAAUGUGAAACAUAGUAUAAAGUAGUGAGAACUGCAGAUGUGACAAGUGAAUUAUAUUUAUACUUCCUGUUAAGUUCUAAAAAAGUGUAGUUACAUUGACUAUACAGUAUGUUUUAGAGUACUGGAUAUUAGAAAAACAGAUCAGAGGGUGAAGGUAGCAGAGAAAUGGAUAACUGUGGUGUAGAUAGUAGGCAUAAUGAGAAAACAUAGAUUGAGAUGAUUUAAAUAUGUUAUGAAAGAAAUUAGACUCAAUAAAAAUGGUAAUAAAAAAUAAAAAAGAGGUGGAGAUAAAGACUAAAAUAAAGGUGAUUUAAUCUAGUAUAGAAUGAUAUAAGAAAUGCCAGUAUAUGGGAGGUUGGAGAUUAGGUCAAGUGGAAAUUUAGAAUGAAGCUAUCCAAUUCUAAAUAGUUGGGAUGAAGAUAAAAAAGAAGAAGAAUAAUUAAUUAAUUUUGUUAAUUUAUUAACUAUAUUCUUAUUUCUCUGUGAUAUUAAAAGUUGAUAUUUAAUCUUUUAAAACAAUAAAUAGUUUUAAUUUUUUUUUUAAUAACAUUUAUUACCAUUUUUUAGUUUAUAUAAUAAUAAAAGAUAUGCUUUACUUUAGAUGUGGUGGAUAUAUUAGCUACUGAUCAACAAAAUGGCGGUGAUACAGUAGCCAAAGAAAUACAACCUAACCGUGGAAAUAAAGUAUCCAAAAAAAAUAAGAAAAAAAACAAAAAUCAGGAUUGGGAAGAUGAAUCAGAAGGUAUACUAUUUAUUGGUUAAUUUAUUGUGUAUUCUUAGUCAUUCUACUAAAAAAAAAAAAAAAUGUGAAUAUUUGGAACAUUAAUAUUCUUAUGGGUAUUAAAAGUUAAUGUUAAGUAUUAUACAAUAUGUAAAAUAAUAAAAUAUUAUAGUUAAAACUUCUUCAAUCACAUUUAUUACAUUUUUUUUUUAUCUACCAAAAUAGUAAAAUGUAUGCUUUACUUUAGAUGUGGUAGAUAUAUUAGCCACUGCCCAACAAAAUGGCAGUGAUUUAGUAGCUGAAGAAAUACAACCUAACCGUGGAAAUAAAAUAUCUAAAAAAAAUAAGAAAAAAAACAAAAAUCAGGAUUGGGAAGAUGAAUCAGAAGGUAUAAUAUUUAUUGAUUAAUUUAUCAUGUAUUCCUAAUUAUUUUAUUAAAAAAAAAAAAAAUGUGAAAAUUUAGAACAUUAUUAUUCUUGUAGAUAUUAAAAGUUAAUAUUUAGUACUACACAAUGUAUGUAAAAUAAAUUAUAGGGUUUUUUUUUUUUUAAUUACAUUUAUUAAAAAUAUUAAUUCACAUAAAUAUAAUAUUUAUUUUAGAUAUAGUGGAUAUAUUAGCCACAGAAAACCAAAAUGACAGUGAUAUGAUAACAAAAGAAAUACCACAACCCACCAAAGAAAAAAAACCUACAUUCAAUAUCUUGGAAGAUGAAUCAGAAGGUAUAUUAUAUAUUUUAGUUUAUUUACCAUUACCAGUACUAUUGUGUCAUUGCAAUCAUGUUGUUAUUAAAUUAUGUGGUUAGCAGAUUUGCAUUUGUGUAUUAUAAUCACCUAGUAUGUGGAAGGCCUAGAAUUUUAAAUUUGUUUUAAUUUUUUAUCUGUUGAAUGUUUGUUUUAAAAAAAAUUAUAAUCAUAAUUCUUUUUAAAUCAAUAAAACUGAAAGUUUACAUUUCAAGUGUGAACUCUUUAAAAGAAAUUUAAGUUUAAAAAAAUGGAAAUACUUUUCACAUGGGUGGGUCAAUGUUUUAGAUGAGAAGUUGAGAAGAUGGAGAGGAAAUUUAAUAUAUAUUUGGGCGCAACAAAAAUUUAACCAUUGUUAAAGAGGAAAACUAUGAAAAUCAAAAAAUUACCUCCUUAAUGUACCUCCUCAUUUUUUUUUAUAGAAAGUGCUACAUUUAAAAACCUGAGCAAGAUUUUUGAUAGAAAAUUUUACACAACAAAUCAAGAGGUAUUUUUCCAUUGAAAAAGUCCCUGUUAAGGUAAAAAAGAAACCGAGUUUAAACUUACAGCCCUUAGGAUAACAAUAUGUAUGUUUAACCAUUAGGCUACAAGAUAUUUUAAAGAAGAAAAUAUAGAGUUAUUUAACAUAACAUAUAAUAUCCACAUAAUAUCAGAACUUCAAAAAGCUAUAACUUCGAAACUUAGUCUGCUCAAUUCUGACUUCACCAUUGUUCUUAAAUAAAUAUGUUCAAAAAAAAAAUUGAUUUAUUCCUCAUAAUUUUUCACUUAACAAUUUAUAUCAAAAUUUGAUAUUACAAUUCCAUUAUAAGAAAAUAUACAUUAAACUCGAAAUUUUCUUUUUUUGAUCACAAAAUAAGACUCUUAAUGAACCUCCUGUUAAAAUUUUAAACAUAAAUAAAUAAAAAUUACAUACAAAACUCGCGAAAUUUAAAUGUCUAUAAAUAGCUCAUAAAUAACUUAAUUUUUUGAAAAUUUUACCAUGUCUUAAAAAGCCAAAUGUAGGUUUUCUGUCCAAAUAUUAAGUCUACAAAUAUUUUUAACUGAAUUACAACAAAUAAUAGAAGCAUUAUUUUUGUAAAUUACCAGAUUUUUCUUAAAUUUUAUCUUGGUUCUUCUUAGGUAUUAUGAAAUAUUGAAAAAUCAAAAUAUUACCUCCCAAAAUUACUAUCUGGAUAACAUUUACUUUCGGAAAUGGUGCCAUGCGUAUAUAAGCAUAUGAGCAAAAUUUCUGGUAUAAUUUUUGUACACAAUAUAAAAAAAGAAAAGUAAACACCUUUGUAAAACCAAUACAUUCAUUGCUACACUCAGAAUUUAAAGUCUAGCUCUGAGAUCUUGUCCGUAUGUUCACCUUUUUAGAUUUUCUUGUGUCAUGACUGCAUUGUACAUACAUUUCUUUCAUUAUAUUAGAUUAUUACUAUUAAUUGUAUUUUCAAAAUAUGUUUUAUUUUUAAAAUUAAUUUAGUUGAAAAUGAUGGCAUAGUAGAGAACUCACAGCCAAUUGAGGAAUAUGAUCUCACACAAACAAAAAAGGUGUCCAAAAAAAAGAAAGUGUGUAAUUUUGAAGAAAAUAAUGAAAUAACAGGUUAAUUAAUUGCUUAGUAUUUGUUAUUUAUGUAUUGUAUUAUGGCUAAUAUAUGGGAAAUUUGUGUAACAAAACAAAUGUAAUAUUUAACAGUUAGUCUUAAAAUAAAAUUAAGUGUAUAAAAUAACAAAAAUAUAUUAAGUCUAAACAAGUAUCUUACAAUUAAACAUCAAUUGGUUAGGACAGCAAAAUCUGAGGAAGCAUUAUUAAGAAAAAAUAGCAUACAGUGCAAAGGAUUAAAACCAUAAGAUCUCGAAUAUAGAGGAACAUAACAAAAGAAUAUGGUUCCUGGUACAAUACGAGGGGACACAUGCAGUUUUAUAUCAAACAAAAUAUCAGGAACAUUCAAAGUACCAUUAAGAACAGAUGAACAGGUGAAUUUGAGGUCAGUGUCAGAAUCACUAGUUGAGAGUAGGGGUAUAUUUAAUUUUGAGCAAGUGGAUAAAUAGUCAUGACUACGUAGUAUUGAUACGAUAGUCAAAAUUCAAAGAUUAUGUAUAAUAUAUACUAAGAUUCUUAAACAAAAAAACUCACUAGAGAGUAAUAUCAUAAAGAGAAUAAGAGUAAGAGAUGUGAUUAGAGUGCCUGGUGAAAGUCAUAAUAUAGCAUUUAUUUAUAUUAGGCUGAGUCUAAGGUUUUUGACUCGAUAACAUGAUUUGUUUAGAUCAGGUUGAAGUGUGAGACAGCUUUCCUGGUCGUCAAUUUUUAAAUAUAUUUUGAUAUAGAUAAAAAAAUUAGAACUUAGCUUUAUUUAUACAUUUUUUUAUGGAAUUUACAAAUAAAAUGAAAAAUAACGGGCUGAGAUGACCACCCUGUGGGACCCUGAAUGAUACAUCUGUCAUAGUAGAUACAAAAUUGUGUUAUUUAAUUUAUUGUUUUCUACCUGUUAGUUCUAGGUUAACCAAGAAAGUAGUGCCUAUUUGCCUAGUGCUUUGAGUUCUCUGAUUAGUAAAUCCUAAACUGGCCUCUGUUUUCCAUAACAUUAGUCAAGUAAGAUAAGAAUAUAACAUUGCUAUUGCUCGAAAUGAUUGAUUUCCCUGGCCUAAACCCAUGUUGUUGGGCAACAAUUAUAUGAUUCAGUGAUUGUUAUUUAGUGCACUUGUGAUGAAUUUAACUACAUCUUUUUUGUUAUCUCCAUCUAAGAUAUCUAUUAUUUUACUAGCAAUUUUUAGAAAGGCAGAAAUUAGUAAUAAAUGUAUAAAUACUGGUUAUUAUUAUAGUUGAAGAAAAUAUAUGCUCACUCCACAAUGACUCUACUAAAGAAGAACUAGAGGAUACUGUACAAACAAACACAGAAGACUUUAAUGAAAAUAUCCAACAAAUCAAAACUUUUGAUAAGGAUGAUGCAUCAGCUACAAAAGGUAAAAUUAUUUUGUUUAAUUAUUGAUAUUUAAUAAACACAUUUAUCCCACUAGAUUUGGCUACUUAACAAAUUCAAUAACUUUUAUUCUGUUUAGUAUUUUCAAGGUUUUUUUUAAUAAUUACUAUAACAUUGCGAACUAUCUUAUGUUCUAUAUUAUAUCUCAGAAAGUAUUAACUUUUUUGAGGAUUUUCUUUUAAUAUUUAUAAAAUAAGCAAUUCGAAAAUUUUCCUGAUCCAAAUUUCAUAAAUUGAUGGAGUAUUAGUAUAAAUACAUUAUAGUGUUGGCAUUUUUCAUUUCUAUGAAUCCAUUGAAAAGAUAUUUUACUUUUAAAUUUGUGUAGUAGAAAAGUAGUGGAUGUCUUUUAAAAUGCCCCACCCUAUGCAACCACACAAAUGAUGUUAUUUCAACUAAUACUUCAUCUGUUAAUGGAAUUUUUAAUAUAGAUUGCCAUAUGAAAAUGUAUGUAAGUACUCAAUGUCAGAAAUAAAGGUGACAAAAAAUACUAGUAAUGUAACAUUUGAAAGUUAUUUGUUUCUUAAACUGUAUAAAUCUAAUGUAGUCAUUGUAUAAAUUAAAUUUGAAAUAACAUUUAGGUGUUAAUACAUUUCUACUAUACUAAAUAUCUUAUGCAAUGUAUUAUAACACUUUAUUCUGAAGAAUGUAUUAUCACUUUUACUAUAUCUGAUGAUGUCCUCCAAGUUGAAACUAAACCAGCCAAUCAAAAGAGAUUAAAAAAAAACUUUAAUAAGAAUAAAGAUAGUUUUUAUAAUGCAGAAAAAUGCAUUGAUCUAAUACCCAUAAAGAGUUCAUACUAAUUUGUUAACAGUUAUUAUUGUCAAGGAAAGAUUAGGACUACUGAUGUCCUGGGGAAUAUCUUUCCCAGGAAUGUUCUUCAAAACCACUUUUCUAUCAUUCUCCAAAAUUAAAUUAUUAUGGGACAUAAUUACAAAUUGUAUAAUUUAAAAAAGUCAUAUUAAACAUUAUUUGUUUUAUAGCCCAAUUCUGAUACUGAAAAACAUGCAAUUAUUAAAAAACCUAGCCUUGUUUAAUAAUAUAUUAGUUUCUUUAUUAAAAAUAGAUGGGAAAUAAAUAAUAAAUUAUCAUCUUUACAUGAGUUCAGUAUGACAGCGUCUGACUAUAGGAACAGUUGCACAAGUGCAUUUAUUAUAGUUUAAACAAAAGAAGGCUAGAGUUAUACUUAGUAAUACAGAAAUGAGUAUGAGAAUACACUUAUGAAAUAUAGACAAUUAUUGUUUACCUUUUUAUUUAUUUUUUGUCUACCUUUUAUCAUUUUACCAAGGAUAUAACUCACAAGUACACAACAUGGACAUAAAUAGUGUAAUUAAAACAUAUGAUAUUUAUGUAUGAAUUUCAUAUAGGUAAAGUAAAUGUAUAUUUCAAGUUUUUAUGUAGUUUUAUGUGUAGUUAAAAAGUUAAAUAAUGUUUACAUAAUAUACUUUCCCUAUUUAAGGAACUUUUCCCAAAAAGUCCAUAGUUUUUCAUUCCUGAAAAGAUGCCUAUUUUUAACUAAGACUAUAAGUCAUUUUGAUUUAUUCAUACACUAGGAGUGGCCACAUGUAUAUUAUAUUUUUGAAUAAAAUCAUUAACUAUUAGCUGAAUUGAUUAUCCAUGUCAUAAUAAAGUAAUCAUCUUCUCCUACAGGAGAAGAUUUUUAUUUUAUUUAUUUUGAAUCUUAAAAAAAUAAUAAUAAUAAAUUAAUUAUCUAUUGAAUAAUUCUAUUUCCAUUUCUUUUAAUUUUUUUAAAACAACUCAUAUAAAAACUUCACUGACUAUAUAUCUACUGUCUACACCAUUAUCCAGGAUUAAUAGUGAUAAUAAUAUAAUGAAUCAUUAUAGUGGUGGAUAUUGAGAAACAGCAAGAAACCAUCAAAAGUGGCUGUGUAGUUAAUUCAGAAGUAAAACAAUUAGAUAAUAUUGAACAUUGUGCUGCCCAAGAAGAUACAAAUCAUAUAGGUAAACAUUUAAAAAUAUUAAAGAAUUGUUGAUAAUAAUUCAAUUAUACCUAAUUGUUGUUAAUUUUGGUUGGCCAACUUAUAUUGGGAAUUAAUCUUUUAUCUGUCCAAAUUUGAGCAAAUAAGGUUAUUCAGAGAAUAACGUUAUACCAAGAAUAAGUUAUUGUAGACCAAUACAUAUUGUCUACAAUAUGCAUUGUAAAACUUUAUAUGAAAAACCUAUAUUUAAAUUAUUAUAUUGAUAUUAAACUAAAAAUAUUCUUUUAUUAGAAAAGCACAAUCAAGUUGAUGAAAUCAAUGAAAAAAAUAAUGUUGCCCUGUCAGAGAAAGUUAAAGCAUCCAAAACAAAAUCAACUAUUAUUGAAAAAAUGUCUCACAAAGAAAAGAAAAAAAUGAAAAAAGAGGUGAGUAAUUACAUAGUUGGUUUUUAAAUGUAUGAUAAAAUUGUCAUUAUUAGACAGUUAAAAACAUCAAAUUAAAUCAAGUUUUUAAAGUUCACUACAAAGAUCCAUGAUUUUAAGAUUAAUAAAAUAUCCACUAAUAUAAGUGUACAUUGAUGAAUCAUGAACAGUGAUUUUUAAUUUUAUCAAUUUGUUUAAUGCUUCAGAGGGUUUUAAAACUACCAAAGAGGAUAGUUUUAUGGUUUUUAUGACUUAAAUCAAAAAAUAAAGUAUUUAGUAUACAAUUUUAAAGGACUUUUAUUACAGAUAUUAAAAUGUCCAAUAGAAAAUCUUUACUUAAAAACUGGGGAAAAACAGUAAAUUUUUUUUUUUAAUUAUCUUAUCCACCAACUUUAUUUUCUUCUUCACUCAUUUCUAAUAUUUGUUUUAAUAUUUUGGAUUUAAUUUUAUCAUCAAAUAAUGAAAAUACACAGCAUUUCUCAUUUAUGUACCACAAAUGAUUGAUACAUUUUUGUAUUGCUACUUUUUCUAGUUUUUUUUAUCAAAUAUAAAAUAGUUAACUAAUUUUUUUAAUAAAAUAAUAUAAUUUUAAAUGUAGCUGCAAUUAAAUCAGAAGCACAUAUAUACAUCUCUAAAUAUUGUGUAAUAAUAAAACAACAUAUUUCUUGUAAAUUAAUUUUAUAAAUUCCUAAUAGUUCUAAUAAUAAUUCUAAUGAUUCUUUUGGAAAACAUUAAAUUUGUUGUAAAUUAAUUUUAUAAAUUCCUAAUAGUUCUAAUAAUAAUUCUAAUAAUUCUCUUGGAAAACAUUAAAUUUGUUUUGUACAAAAUAUUAAAACUUCCAUCUACUAUAUGUUUUAAUAUUUCUAAAUUCAAAAUUCAACCAGUUUUUUUGAAAUGAAAAUAGAAUAUAGAAUACAAAAUGUACAAAUACAAUGAAAUAUGAAUAUUUCAAUAUAUGCAUAUUAGAGAAUUACAAUUUAAUCCAUGUAUAAUCUUUUUUCCAGACAAUUUGAUGUUGAUUAAAGACAAGACUUGCACUAUCCAAUAAUUUUAGAUUUACAAUAUACAUAUUGUAAAAGAGAAUGCUCAAAAUAUCUUUCUAAUCAAACAUAAUAUUUUUUAAUUUUAAUUUUUCCUUGAAAAUAAUUUAUUUUUGUGAAAGUUGAUAUAACAUUUUUCUAUAAUAAUGAUACUUAAAAAGUCUAAACUAAAUUCUUUAUUUCUUGACUAAAAAAUCUGAAAAACCCAAAAAACUACUCUCUUUCAUCUUUUUUCAACCUUCUUGAGGGAUGUGAAAGAGAAUAGUUAUCAUAAUGGAAUUUUGUAUACAUUUUUUCUCAUGGCAUUAAAUAAAUUGAUGGGUACCUCAUGUUAAAACUAUAGAGUUAUAACUCUAUGAUCAACACACAUGCUGUGUAUGAAUUGAGAUGAUAGAUAAGAGAGAUUGGUAACAAGAGUGCGCAAGAUUCACCAUGACUUAAGAUACUACUGUAAUAUAUAAAGCUGUACGAGUGACCAAUAUUAUAUCCCAAAUUUCAUACAAUUAUAUUAAUAUGAUAUGUCUGACUACUGAUUAAAAAAACUUUAAAAAUUUUAAUACAUUCAUAUAAUGCAGGCCUAUUAAUUAUUUAUUUGAAAAAUAUUUAAUAGAACAAGUCAUUAAUUGUCAGAUGAUUGUGGGACACCCUAUAUUUAUAUGAUGGAAUUGAUUACAAAACUACAUAAAUUGGGCUGCUCAAUUAAUGAGUUGCCAAAUGAUACAGUUUAUUAGAUCAAUACAUUGUAUAUAGUUACAAUAGGAAAUAUAUGAUAAUUUAAUAUAAAAUUAAGUUGAAAUCACUAUUAUAAAUCGUUGUGGGACAAGUGAAAAUAUUUGACAGAGAAAAGUUCUUAUCACAAAACUCAUUAAAAAUCUGCUGUUCUUAGUGCGACAUGGUUUGAACAAUAAUAAUAACUAAUAUAUUAUAGUUUAAGGAAGCCCUAAAAAAGCGGAAAAUAUUUCAGUUGAAUUGUAAUUUAGCAAAAAAAUAUUUAAUCCGAAAGGUAGUUUAUGUAAACCAUAUUUUAGCAUAUUUUGUCUGAACCUUAUUACAGACACUACCACUUGUGUUUUAGCGUUGUUGUUGGUUAUAGUGGAAGGGGAUUUGUCAGCUGAAAUGUGAUUCAGCUGGAAUAGCCUUAUCAUUACUUAUAACAAGCUUUUAGACUUAAUUUUUUCUACCUAUAAUAAACUAUCUCCCAGGCUGCAUCUACUCUAAUUAAACUGGAUCCUUACCACCUAUCGUUAAUGUAUCCUCUUGCCCUCCCAACAUCAUCUCUAACAGUAUAACAUUCCAUAUAUCACAUCAUAUAUCAUAAAAAUUAUGCUUACCCAAGUAAAAUUUUUAUUGUGUGCAAAUGAUUUGAAGAUAUUUCACAAAAUUAAAUCACUACAGAUUCAGUUCUGCUUCAGAAUAAAUUAAGAUAUUUUUACAGACUAGGUCUCUCAUUUGGGUCUAUCUUUAAACCUUUCUAAUUGUAAUUUUAUUUUUUCCUCCAGAUCCUAAUCUCCCAUUUUAACCCCCUACUUUCUUAAUGACACGGAAGUAGAACGUGUUUUCUAUAUUAAAGAUUUUGAUAUAAUGGUAUUAUCUAUUCAACUAAUCUAGGUUUUAAUCUUCACAUAGAUAUGGCCGUGAACAAAGCACUCAAAGUUUUAGGAUUCAUCAUACGCAACACUUAAUUAUUUAAGUACAUUAGAUGCCUUUCUAUUAUGCCAUUGUUCAUUCUCCUCUUGAAUACAGUUUAGACAAAAUAUGUGUCCUGUAAAAUAUGGUUCAGAUUAUUUAUUUGUCAUCUAAAAUACUAUCAGCUAUAAUAUUUUCAGCUAAAAUAUUGCCCCUCUAAUUAACAUAUUAGAGAUAAGAAAUAAAACAAAAACGUGUCAUUCAUCUUCCAGUAGUGAUUUUUAUCAAUUUAGUAUUAUCAGUUAAAAUACUGAUUUUAAGUGUUAUGUGAAUUGUUGUUUAACAUUUAAUUUUAAAUUUAAUUAUAGUAUUUUAAUCUAUUCUGUGUUGGAAUUAAAAUGUGUAAUUUAAUAUUAUAUUAUAAUGUAAAAAAAUAAAAUGUAAAACACAAUUUUUGUCCAAGAAUUUAUAGAUCUAAUUAUUAAUAAAUUUGAUUAUUUGCUUCAUUAUUUUUAUUUCUUAUAAAAAUCAAGAGUAUAAGAAUAUUACAAAUUAAAUAAAUAAUCAAUUAAGUAUUUCAAUAAGACAGCUUAACAAAAAUUAUAUAUCAAGUUGAUAGUUUUGAAAAUGCAUUCAUUGAGUUAUAAAUUCAGAUUUCUGAAACCAAAUUUGUAAUAAUAUAUUAGUAAUUACAAACACAUAAAGUUCGUGCACAAUCUAAAUUACAAAAAAGGAAAAAUUAUAAACAUUGUGGAGGAGUACCAUAUUGUAACAAAAUAUUGAUCAAUAAUACCUACCUAUACAUUUUUUAAUAUUGUAAGCUUCCUAUUUUUAAUUUGACAUUCUGAAACUAAUUCUUUAUUUAAAGAUUUAACAGGAAAAAAUAUUCUAAAUUUUACAAAUAGUUUAAUUUAAACAAUAACAUAUUUAAUCAUAUUUAGCCAUCAUUAUAUAGUUUAGACAUUAUACUUAACAAGUACCAUUGAUUUUUUUCAGUGAUAAUUCACAUAAUUAUAAUAUUAACUAAUUUAUUCUAAUCUGAGGCUGUAAUAAUAUAUCAGUUAUUAUUGCUCAUACCAAAUUGCACUAUUAGAUCAUAUACAAUGGAUAGCCACAUCUCAAUAUUUUAAUGUCCAUUCGCCAGGUAAGUAGCCUUUAGUGGGCAUAUGUGCCAGCCAUUAGUGGCAUAUUUAUCCCAAUGCUAAGGCUUAAUAUGAUAUGAUGAAUAUUAAAUAACUAAUAAAAUAUGUGAUAAUAAUAAUACACAUUUUAAUGAAUUAAAACUUGAAUUUAUUGAAUUAGUAAUAAACUGAAAUCUGUAUAAAGUAUCUUUUAUACAUUAUAGAUAAGAACAAAAUACAUAUAUGUUGAUAAUUUGAAAUAAAUAUGGAACUAGUCGCCUGCGCACAUGUGCACUAAAGGCUAUUCACUUGACAAUAUUAUAUAUAAUUUAUAGGCUGUGGCUCUAUCCAUUGUAUAUUAUCUAAGAUCACACUACAAGACUACAAGUUUUUUAUGAAGUUUUUGAUAAAAACUUUUUUAGCAGCCUAGCAUCUAACCAUUUAUAUCUAUAGCCUUGAUUAAAGGUAAGUAUUAUUAAUUUAUCAUUAAUAUCAUUGAGAUUGUAUUUUUAUUUUUUAUCAUAAAUUCGGCAUUGUAUAAUUAUUAUAAAUAUUAACAGAUGUUAUUGUUAAUAUUGUUAAGAUGGAGUACCAAAAGCAAAUGGAGAUGUUGACUAAAAAAGGAGGACAAGGCCACAGUGAGUUGGGUUCUAACUUCUCAGUGUCACAAAUACAAAAGACUGCCGGCCAAUUAGCAGCCCUGGAGCAUGCAGUUGACAUUAAAAUUGACAGCUUUAGUAUUGCAGCCAAGGGACAAGACUUGUUUGUCAAUGCCAGUCUGUUGAUUGCCCAGGGUAGGCGAUAUGGUCUAGUUGGACCAAAUGGGUACGUUCAUUUUAACAGUGUCAAUAUAAAAUCAUCAUAGUCAUAAACAUAAUUAAAAUAUUACAGUCAUGGUAAGACAACAUUACUCAGGCACAUUUCUGAACGGCUAUUUGAUGUGCCUCCUGGAAUUGACAUAUUAUAUUGUGAACAGGAAGUAGUGGCUGAUGAAACAUCAGCUGUGAAGGCAGUGCUCCGAGCAGACACACGAUGCACGGAGUUACUGGCUGAAUGUAAAAAGCUUGAGGAAGCCCAAGAAAAAGGUACUGCUGAAGAUGAUGUGAUAGACAGACUAAAUGAGGUAAUUAUGAUUUUGUGUUUUAGUAUUGGGAUGUUCCCACAAGUGGGAUUGGAUUUUUAAUGAAAUUUCUUUAAAAAUAAAUGAAUAAUUUUGAUAAAAUAAUAUGAGACUGCCAACCAGUUGAUCCAAUAAUUGGAUAAUCAAUUACUCAAAUAUAAUAAAAUGAACAAAGUCCUAGUCUCUAAGGUAAAGACAUCAAUGAAUACCACUAAUCUAUGUUAAUUUUAAGAAAUUGUAUAUCUUUUAUUAUGCAUGAUUAGAUCUAACCAUUUGUUGAGGAGUGCAUAGGUGUAACUAGACCAACAACUUUGGUGGGGGUGCUAAAAUUAUAGACACAUCACAAAGCUUAAUGGGAGUAAUGUCUCCAUAUUCCUCUUUGCAUUACUCUUAUUAUAAGCAACUGAACAUUUCAUUUGGAAUUUUUUUAUAAAAAUAUACCAUAACUUUUAGAUUCAGAGCAUAGUAAAUGUAUUAGUUUUACAAAGAUGUUUAUUUUUAUUUUCUUAUGUUGUGUACAAAAAUUCUACCAGAAAUUUUGCUUUGAUAUAUGCAUGGCAUCAUUUCUGAAAGUGAAUGUUGUCCAGAUAGUAAUUUUGGAAGGUAAUUUUUUAAUUUUUCAAGCGGUUUUCAUAAUCUGGGAAAACACAGGAUAAAAUGAAAGAAAAACAGGAAAUUUACAAAAAUAAUGCUUUUAUUACUUUUUCAAUGUUGUUAUUUAUUGUAAUUCAGUUAAAAAAAUUCAUAUUGAUUUUAUGGAAUUGAAAUUCCGACCAAAAAAAAAAUCAUUUGAAUUUAAUUUUUUUCUUUUAUCUAAACAGAGAAAAAACAAAUGCAUUUUAGGUGUACAUAGAGAUCUAGCCAUUGGACCAUUUUAAUCGAAAAAUACCCCUUGGUUUGUUGAGCAAACUUUUCUACCCGAAAUUUGCUCUAAUUUUUAAAUGUAGCACUUUUUCUGGAAAAAGGGGAUAUCAUUUUUAAAUUCCCUCAGGAGUUUUAUCAAUAAAUGUAAAAAAACAUGGGAAAUCUGUACAAUAUUAAACAAAUAUUAUUAAAGAAAAUAUAUAAUGCCCAUUUAAAUAUUUUAUCAUAUUAUGACAUGUUUGAGUCAUACACAAAUAUCUUUUUGUUUUGGCAUACACUGAUAGAAUUAUUGUCUAAUAGAUAUUUAAUAUGAUUUCAUUAGAUAUGAUUAAUUUAAUUUAAUUAUUUAACUGGCCAUUGUAUCAUUUGACAGAAGAAAAUUUACUACUUAUUUGAGCCUUAUUUUUAGAAUUUUAAACUGGUGUCUUUACCUUAGAUAUGAUAUUACGUAAAUGGAUAGAUUCACUAAUCAUUAUUUGAUGGAUGAAUUUAAUUACUUCUGUCAUCCCUUCUUCCAUGUUGUAUAUGAGCAGAGGGUCGUAUUUUAGUUUUGUAUGUGUGUUUCAAUGUAGGUGUAUGAUGAAUUGAAAGUGCUAGGAGCAGAUUCUGCUGAACCAAGAGCUCGGCGAAUCUUGGCGGGUCUUGGAUUCUCCGCUGCUAUGCAGGACCGUGCCACCAAAGAUUUCUCUGGAGGAUGGCGUAUGCGUGUAUCUCUUGCACGAGCUCUUUUCCUAGAACCCACCCUGCUAUUGCUUGAUGAACCUACCAAUCACUUGGACCUGAACGCAGUCAUUUGGCUGGAUAAGUAAAUUACUUACGAAUAAAUUUAUUCAUAUUUAAUAGUAUAGUCAAUAUUUAAUAGUAUCAACAGUUCAUUAUUAUUUAAUCAAAAUUAGACUUGUAAUUUUCAUUUUAACUUAUAAAAUCACUGUACAGAUAUGAUACAAUUUUCAAAAUAUUCUCAUAUUUUUUGUAUCAUUAAUAAUUCUUUGAAAUUGUUCAGUUUUUUAUUAUUAUUAUUUCAUAUAACCAUAGGCAAUAAUUAACUUUUAUUGAAAUUAAAACUAAAACUUAAUAACAGGUAUAAAUAACUUAAUCAUAAUAUGGUAUUAUCAUGCAUUAAUAAUAAUAUAAAAUAAAUAAAAAUAUUAUUCUAAAUUGUAAACAUUAACAAUGACAGCAGGGAUUCCUGAACAUUAGGUAAAAUUAAACUAAAAAAUAUAGCUCAGAUAAUGUCUAAUAUACUUGUGAUCACAGUCUUCUUAGUAGGUUUGUCAAUCAUCAAUCAUUUUAGAGCAUCUGAGCUCUCUUUAUGCAGCAAUGAAUUUUGUUGUUGGGCAAUCAUCACUUAUAUAUUGAAUGGACUUCACCACAGGUGCAUAGAGAGGAUCCAGUCAUACACCAUUUAUGUAGUAACUCAUUACAUUUACCUUAGACUGUUCUUAUUUUGUUUAAAGAACUACAUUGUGUUUGGGAAAAUCCAAAUCUUAAUACCCUUUGCUCCGAAAAUGUGAUUAGGAUUGAAUUAUGACACUUCAAGUUUAGCUUUCAAACUUUCUGUUUGAUAUAAAACUCUAGUAGUUUAAGAGAUAUUUUAAAUUUAAUUUACAGCUGCCAGUUUAAAAAGUUCACAAUUUUCCAUACUGUAUCAUAAUCAAUGAUAAAUCUAGAUAUUAUACUGCUGUUGAUUUUUCUCUUUUUUGGAAACUGUUUUCAAUUUAUGUUGUCAGUCUGAGAACCUGCUCAGCAUGGCUUAUAUGUGUUUAUUUUUGAUUUUAUGAGAUUACAAAUUAUUUAAUUACCUUUUUAUUUGCAAUUUAAGUUCAAAGUUAUGUUAAAAACACAACAUUUUGUAAUUAAAAAUUAAGAUAGUUGAAGACAAUUUUCUAUUAUAUCUCCAAUUCUGUUAAAUUUAAAAUUGUUUUAACAUUUUAAUAAUAACACUUGACCUCUGAUUGACACCCAUUAUUGGGAAGAGGUACAACCAUAUUUUGUGCAUGCAUAUAAUAUUUUAGACCAAAAAUCAGGUCAAUCAAAAGUUGUAGGUAUUGCAUUGACUGAUUAAAUUUUUGAAAGUUUAUGGCUCCUUUUUUUAGGUCUAAAUCAACUAAAAUCUAUAAUGUAAACAUUUUCAAUUCAAAUUUAUCAAAACAUGCUUAACCAAAUCAAAAUAGUUUUUUGUUAACAAUGAUUUGUAGUUAAAUACAGAUAUAAAUUAAACUAUCCUAUAAUAUACUACAUUAUAUGAUAUAUGAUUUUAUGUAUGAAUUGUAAUCUUGUAUGUUACAAUUUACAUUGUAAAAUUUAAUUUUAAUUUUAUAUACACCAUAUUAUUACAAGGUUUAUAUGGUACUGGAGGAUAGCAAAUAUAAAUACAUGUUUUCUGCAGCUAUUUGCAGGGAUGGAAAAAUACUCUAUUGGUUGUAUCCCACGACCAAAGCUUUUUGGAUAAUGUAUGCAAUGAGAUCAUACACUUAGAUCAAAAGCGUCUCUUUUAUUACAAAGGUAAUUACAGUAUGUUCAAGAAAAUGUACUCUCAGAAAAAAAAGGAAACCAUGAAGGAGUAUGAGAAACAGGAAAAAAGGUUAAAAGAAAUGAAACAACAAGGCCAAUCCAAAAAACAAGCUGUAUGUUUUUAAAUUUCUUUGUAUAUUAUUCAUACUUUAGUGCAGAUAUAAUUUAAUAUAAAUUUACUCUAUAAAUGUGUAGGAAAAGAAACAAAAGGAAGUACUGACCCGAAAACAAGAAAAAAAUCGAGGAAAAACUGGGAAAAAUGCAGGCAUGGAUGAUGAUGAUAAUGCAGAACCCACACAGCUAUUACAGAAACCUCGAGAUUAUAAUGUCAAGUUUUCAUUUCCCGAUCCCAGCCCACUGCAGCCACCUAUACUGGGAUUACACAGUAAAUCAUUAUCAAUGGCAUACAUGAUAAAAACUCAUUUUUGUUUUAUUUUAUUUAACAAUACAAUAAUAAUUUAUCAUUUCAUACAGAUGUGAGCUUUGCAUAUCCUGGCCAGAAACCACUGUUUAAGAAUGUUGAUUUUGGUGUUGACCUCAAUUCCCGGGUAGCGAUUGUUGGACCCAAUGGAGUGGGCAAGUCUACAUUUCUCAAGUUAUUGACCAAUGAUCUUCAACCCACCAUUGGUGAAAUGCGCAUGAAUCACCGAAUGGUAGGUUUUAUUGAAUAAUUUUAAUUGUUAUUUAUCAAAACAAGGCUUUUUUGUGUGUUCUAUUAUUUUAAAUUUAAAUCGGUAUGUAAUUUCAGUAAAUAGUGGUAUCCUAUAUUCUAUUUGAUUAGAUUCUAUACUGAAGAAAAUUUUUCAAAGAAAAUUCCUUAACACUUUUGCUGCAGAUCAAUUGUAUACACCUAUUAGUAAUCUGAUAUAAAUCUGGAUUUUCAGAUAAUCCGGAUUUCAGACCUUAAAUUCUGAAAAUUAUCUAAUUGGUGCUUUAAGAAGUCAUUUUUUUUUUUGAAUUUCCAGGCAGGUUUUCAUAAUUAUUGGGGGAAAAAAAAAUACAAAUAUUUAUGGCAUACCAAAGUCAUGAUUUUACAUUAUUGUACCUAACUAGGGUUAAAUAAUUAUAGAAACCUGUAUUUUUCACAACAUACUUGUAUUGACCUUUUAUAAAUGUGGUAAAAUUUUCAAAACAUUUUAGCUAUUUAUAGUUUUGUAAUAUUUUUGUGUUUUAUAUGUAUAUUGGUAAGUAGCUGUGAUUAAAACUAUUAUAUGACUUAAAUGACUUAAAUUAUAUGACGAAAAUCAUAAAUAUUAUGGUUUUUUAGUGGCUGCAAUAGUCCACUAUUUGCUUUUUUUUAAAUUAAUUUUUUUUUUAUUUUCAAAUUAUAUUCAAUGUUUUAAUUUUUAAGUACAAAACCAUACCAUUAUAUUAAACAAAUAAUGUUUAUAGAAACUUGGGAAAUAUGACCAGCAUUCUGGUGAACACCUGACAGCUGAAGAGACUCCUGCUGAGUACUUGAUGAGGCUAUUUGAUCUUCAGUAUGAAAAAGCUCGCAAGCAGCUGGGUACAUUUGGACUGGCUGGCCAUGCACACACCAUCCGCAUGAAGGACCUGUCUGGUGGACAAAAAGCUCGCGUUGCCCUCGCUGAACUUUGUUUGAAUGCCCCUGAUGUCAUCAUAUUAGUAUGCAUACUUCUUAUUUUCCCUGUUACCUAGUGUGGUUUUAUUUAACAAAUCUAUGUAUAUUUUCGAUUAAACGUGUGACAUGAGCGCGAAUGGAGGUUUACAUUGAAAAGACAUUAUUUUCCAUUCAGUAGUAUUAAGUUGGAAGUUUAAAUUAAGUCAACAAUUCCCCUCCCCUCCCUCCUAAAGAGAGUUAAUAAAGAAAGUUGCAGGACAGAACUGGAUUCAGCGAGUUAAGCCUAUAAAUGUAUUGAACUGUAUCUUGCACCCACAUGUGUAAUUUAAAAUUAUGAACAGGUGGAUGAAGUAAAGAGGCUGAUAUGAAUUGAAAGCAUGUAUAUGCAUAUAUAUUACAAACUCAUCUAAUAGCCACUAAGAGGUAGAGAGAAAGAAGUGAUAGUGAACUGGUGAGGUGAAUCAUACUUAUAAUCAUACAAAAAUAAUCUUUAGGUUAUAAAAUUAAAAACUAAUAUAUAAAUCAGUUAAUACUGUAAAUUCAGAUGUGAAAGAUUUGAAUUAAAUUGUCAGUAUAGGAAAUAUAUUAUUUGACGUUUUAAUACUCUUUGGGUUAAUAUUUAUUUUUUUUAAAUAUACCAUAGAGUAGUUGCUAGGAAUAUAAUUCUACCAUUCCUAACUCAAUAUGUUCUAUUUCACUUUAAACAUGUUUUCUGAUCUAUUACUACAAAUUUUAGUGAUAAUUUUUUUCUUUAGGAGAAAAAGUAAGAUUUAAUGUAGGUAUUUCCCACUUGCAUUAAGAAAGACUUUCCUAGAGGACUGCCCCACCCCCUAUAUUAGUCUGUCACAUUUACAAAAAAAAUGACCUGCAGGAGCAUAGUAAUUAUAGGGUUAUUGCAUUACUAAAUAAAGUAUAAAGCUCUAACAUUGUAUUCUUGAAAUAAUAGAACCUGUAGCAGAGAAUAUACUAGGUGACAAUCGGGGAAGAGAAAUAGAGAAAGCCAAAUAAAUAAACUCAAAGAAACCAAAUUCCCAAGAAAAUUUAAAAUCCAAUUGGAGCCAGUAUCAACUAUAUAUAGAUAAAGGUCAUGAUAACAAAUACAGCAUCACAUACUGUGAUGGUGACUACAGGUCUCCAGCAAAACAAUGCAAAACAACUAUCCUCAGUGUUGUUUAAUCUGAUGCUGGGAAAAUAAAUGGGAGAAAAGUUAAUGUUUUAGAAGGAAUUAAACUAGGACAGACAACAAUAAAGUUCUUAGCAUAUGUAACCAAUGAUGUUGCUCCUUUACGAGAUGACCAGGAAAAAGUAAAAUAUUUGGAAAGAAAAGAAGUUAAAAAAAAAUUGCAUCAUAUUUUUUUUCUUUUUCUAAAUUACUUAUUUUUUCAUAUUUAUAAUUUCUAUAAGGGGUUUUAGUUUGUUAUAAUUUUGUUUUCCAUUUUAUGUAUAGAAGUAAAUUCUUUUAACUAGUUACAUAUUUCAAUUUUUUUUAAACACCUUUUGUUAUUUAUAAAUAACAAAUUAAUACUUAAUAUUAUUUAUAUGAGAUAUAACAGUUUAAUUAUAAGAUUAUAAAAAUAUGUGGACAAAUAUUAAAGUAUAUAGAAAACAUUCAAAAUAUUUUUAAAGUGAAAUAGGACUCAUUGAGACAGAAAAGGUUCAAUCUGACUACUGGUACUCUAUUACUUAUGAGAUAAACCCAUAAUCAAUAAUAUUAAUAAAAAUUACACACUAUUACCUACCACAUAUUAUGUGAGUGGUUUAAUCUAUGAUUUUAUAUUGAAAUUAUGAUAGCUGGACUGUUAUUGAAAAUUAUUAGAUUUUAUCAUCCUAACCAGACUAACCAGACAAAUUUGAAUAGGACAUACACUAAAAAACUGAUACUGUCAUGCCUAAUCAGGUCUUUAGUCAGCAGAUUUAACCCCAUUAGAUUAUAAAUUAAUUUUCACUUUUGAGCUCACUUCUAAUCAUUAGUUCUUAUUAUGAAAUCCUUACUUCCAUUGAUAAGAUAAUUCACAUUUUAUAGGACGAGCCCACGAAUAAUUUGGAUAUAGAAUCUAUUGAUGCACUGGCUGAUGCAAUAAAUGAUUACAAAGGAGGUGAGUGUAUACUUUAUUUAUAAAUUGAAAUUGUCAUUCAAUACUCAGAUGUUUUAUUUUUAAAACAAUCUUACUAUCCAAACUGGUGGAAUACAUACAUUUUAAGUUAAGUUAUGUUUGUUCAACAGGGGUAAUAAUUGUAUCUCAUGACGAGAGACUAAUCCGUGAAACAGAAUGUACAUUGUGGGUCAUUGAGGAUCAGACAAUUAAUGAGGUGGAUGGUGAUUUUGAUGAUUACCGGAAAGAGUUAUUGGAAUGCCUGGGAGAAGUGAUAAACAGUCCCAGUAUAGCCGCCAAUGCAGCUGUGGAACAGUGACCCUGUCUUCCAUAUUUUAUUUUAUAAUAUAUUUGUUCACGCUCUUGUUGUAUUAUUGUUGGUAUCUUAUUGGUAACAUCUUUAAAUAUUCUUACUAAUGUGCCUUGUUCACAAUAAUAUAAAAUAUAUUAUUGAAUAAAUUAAUAAAUAUUGGUUGAUUUUUACUACACACAUACAAUAUAUAUAAAUAUGUAUAAAGAUUUAUUUUUAUUAUGAUAUACUACAUAGAAUAAUGUUGCCUUUCGAAAUUUAUCACUUUACUGUAGCGCUGUGAAUGUGAUAGAUAUGAUAAAAAUGUAUGAUGAAUUUAAAAACACAAAUUUCAGUAGUACAAUUAUUAUAUUAAGUACUAUUUUAGUAUACCC